UCGCUCAUUGCCAACCACAGAAAACCCCACACAUAUAUAUAUUUAUACACACAACCACUCCUCAGUUUCGAUUCCAAUUCCUCACCACAUAGAAGAUGUCAAGAUGUGAUAGCAGGAGUAUUUUUUUCGUGAAGAUCCAACCCGCCAUGGGCUCGCGCCAAGCCUCAUCGACGAUCCUCCGCAACUACUACUCCCUCCGCAAUCCGAAUCGGAGGCCCCGCCGCGGCGGUCCGACGAAAUUCCGGUGCUUCGCCGUCUCGCCACCGCUGGGCGCGGUGCUCACGACGGGAAACGUGAUCGCCGCGGCCGCGGCGGCAGCCGGGUCGGGCACGGUGCACGGGGCGGUGACGUCGGCGAUUACGCAGGUGGCGGUCACCGCCGUGGCGAUUGCGUCCGGGGCUUGUCUCUCUACCAAGGUCGAUUUCUUGUGGCCUAAAGUUGAGGAGCAACCUGGCUCUAUUGUACUGGAGGGAGUAGAUGUAACUGGGUAUCCCAUAUUUAGUGAUGCAAAGGUGCAGAAGGCAAUUGCGUUUGCUAGGAAAGCUCACCAUGGCCAAUUACGGAAAACGGGAGACCCUUAUUUGACUCAUUGUAUACACACAGGAAGAAUCAUAGCAGUAUUGGUUCCAUCAACUGGAAAGCGAGCUGUCGAUACAGUUGUGUCCGGGAUUCUCCAUGACGUGGUUGAUGAUACUUGUGAAAGUUUGCACAGCAUAGAAAGAGAGUUUGGUGAUGAUGUAGCAAAGUUGGUAGCUGGAGUUUCCAGGUUAAGUUAUGUCAAUCAGUUGUUGCGGAGACACCGGAGGGUUAACAUGAGUCACGGCACCCUUGGUCAUGAAGAGGCAAAUAAUUUACGAGUCAUGCUCUUAGGCAUGGUUGAUGAUCCACGUGUGGUGCUGAUCAAGCUUGCUGAUCGUCUGCAUAACAUGAGGACCAUUUAUGCUCUGCCCUCUGCCAAGGCUCAAGCUGUUGCUCAGGAGACAUUAGUUAUUUGGUGCUCACUUGCUUCCAGAUUGGGUCUGUGGGCUUUAAAAGCUGAACUGGAAGAUAUGUGCUUUGCUGUACUUCAGCCUCAAAUUUUCCGUCAAAUGCGAGCUGACCUGGCUUUAAUGUGGAGCCCUACCAACAGGGCUGGCAAUCUGCGAAGAAUACCUGCAAAAGCCAGCUCACUUGGGCCAUCAAGUGGAAAAGACUCCACUCUUGCCUACGAAAGGUCCAUGUCAAUAGAUGAGGACAACACAAGCAUUAGGGAACUUUUGCAGGGUGUGCUUCCAUUUGAUGUCCUGCUAGAUCGAAGAAAACGGAUGAACUUUCUUCAUAAUCUUAAAACAAGUUCAGAGUCUCAAGCAAAACCAAAAGUUGUAAGGGAUGCUGGAAUUGCUUUAGCAUCACUUGUUGUUUGUGAGGAAGCACUUGAGCAGGAGUUACUUAUAUCAACUUCUUAUGUGCCAGGGAUGGAAGUCAUUUUGUCUAGCCGCUUAAAAAGCUUGUACAGUAUCUACAGUAAGAUGAAACGAAAAGAGGUUGGGAUUGAUAAAGUAUAUGAUGCCCGUGCUUUGAGGGUAAUUGUUGGGGAUAAGAAUGGGACUUUACAUGGAGAGGCAGUUCAUUGUUGUUACAAUCUUCUCAACAUUGUGCAUAGGUUUUGGACCCCAAUUGAUGGUGAAUUUGAUGAUUACAUUGUUAAUCCAAAGCCAAGUGGAUAUCAGUCUCUGCACACUGCUGUACAAGGUCCUGACAACUCUCCUUUGGAAGUUCAAAUAAGAACACAGAGGAUGCACGAGUAUGCUGAGCAUGGACUUGCUGCGCACUGGCUUUAUAAAGAAACAAGGAACAAGCCUCCUCCCAGCGGAAGCAUUCGUGAUUCUGAAAUACCAGCAUCUUCAUCUCUCGCAAAAGAUAUAGAUGAUCAAAGUUCUUUUGAAGAUGAUACAUUUUGGAAAUAUAAUUCUUUGAAAGUUGGACAUCCAGUCCUUAGAGUAGAGGGAAGUCAGUUGCUUGCUGCUGUUGUUGUCAGGGUGGAUAAGGAUGGAAGGGAACUGCUUGUUGCUUUCAGCUUUGGACUCACAACGUCUGAAGCAGUAGCUGAUAGAAGAUCUUCUGACCAACUACAGCGAUGGGAAGCUUAUGCAAGGCUAUAUAAAAAGGUGUUCGACUUGUGGUGGUGUGAACCGGGGCAUGGAGAUUGGAGUACUUGCCUCGAAAAGUACACACUCUGUCAAGAUGGUAUCUACCACAAGGAAGACCAAUUUCAACGCCUACUACCAACCUUCAUUCAGGUCAUCGAAUUGACAGAGAGGGAGGAAACUGAAUACUGGGCUGUUAUGUCUGCUGUUUUCGAAGGCAAACAGGUUGCUUCUGUCAUAUCUGACUCCAGCUGCUAUGAGACUCCGGGCUCCAAGUCUUUAACUUCUGUGGAAGCUGGCAUCAAUAACAAGGUGAAGCUACUGAGGACAAUGCUCAAGUGGGAGGAGCAGCUGCGAUCUGAAGCCGGUGGUAACCCAAAAUCUGUUGUGCUGGGAGAAGUUGUGAUUGUAUGUUGGCCACAUGGAGAGGUAAUGAGGUUGAGGAGUGGUAGCACCGCUGCAGACGCUGCUAGAAGAGUUGGGCAUGACGGAAAGCUGGUUUCCGUUAAUGGUCGGCUUGUAUUGCCCAACACAGAGCUUAAAGAUGGUGAUGUAGUGGAAGUUAGAAUGUAAAUAGUUCUGUAUUCAGUACAGUUAGAAUAGGUAAAAUUAUGUAUAGGGGAAAAUUGUAUAUAAAGGGGGUUCUUUUUGUUAGCCAUGUUCUACUUCAGUAUCUCUAUUGGCUUGUUUGAAGAUGUCUUAAUAAUGAAAAGUUCAAUUGGCCAUGUGUUACGGCUCAGACUCCGUAUGGCUUUGUCAAAA